GAAGAGACAGAGACAGAUGGAGGAGGAGAAAAGAGAGAAGCAGGAGGAGGAAAGGAGAAUAAGGGAAGUGGGGUUUAGUCUGGAAAAGACUCAGUCUGAGCUGCAGGAAAAGAGGAGAAAGGAGAGGAGAGCAGAGGAGGAGAGGCGUGAAACCACAGUGGUCAGAGAGACAUUCCAGUCACAGUGCAGCUCUCCAGAGAGCAGACAGCCAGACAGAGGAUUACUCAGCAUCCUGUCUCAAAAGUGUGGAAUCCCUGAGGGAGACAUAGAUCUCCGAAGACUCCAUCCCCAGCAGGUCCUGUCCCUUUCUUGCUCUCUCCGGGAGCUCCUGUUCCAGGAAUGGGAGGAGCAGCCACCCCAGAUGGACACUCUGACUCACACUCAGGUCCUGCUCGCAGAGCUUUGUGUGAUGGCGCUGGAUGCUCACAGCAAUGCCUCUCUGGAGUGUGCUGCUGACCAGCUGCAGCUGGCAGUACAGACAGUGGGAUAUGCAGUGACGGUGGCAGUAGUUGAGGAAGAGGCGUGGCAAUAUCUCAACUUCACACAGGCCCUGUUCUUGACUUUCACUAAUCUCUUUGAGGACAGGCCUGAUUCCCAGCAGAGCGUCUUCUCUGCAGCUAAUGAAUGGAGUCAGGAAGACAUCUCCUUGGAGCAGCUCUUCCUCGUCAGGUUCCUGGAGCUCCUCCUCAGAGCCCUGGAGAAGGAAACAGGCCCAGUUUUGGGUGCCCAGGAGAAGUGUCUAGAGCUGAUACUAGAUGCUAUAGGGCAGUGGCCACUUACAGAAACCGAUUCCUUUGCUGCUCUGUCUCCAGCAGUACUGGCACUGUUGGAUGUUAACUGGACAUCCCUGGAGGCACUGGACUUAAUAGGGAGUUUAGCACGGAGCAGGGUGAGCCCCAGUGGUGCGCUCUGUGUCCUAGACCUGGUGGAACGGCACAAUCUGCCCUCAUCCUGGAGAGACAAGCAGGGCCACUCAUUAAACACCCUACUGGAGUCAACAUGUGAUUUCAACACAUUUUACUCUGGUUUAGACAAGGAGCUGCAGAAGGAAAGCACACACAGCCUGGAGGUCCUCCUUACCCAGGUGCCAGAACGACUGUGGAGUGUUAUCAAUACCGUGCACAAAGAUAUGAAUAAAGACAAUGCAGUUAUAUUUCACAAAAGCCUUUACAGGGGCUCUUUGAGAGGCUCCAAAUUUGGGCAAACAGAGCUGAAGAUACUACUUUCCAUCCUGAGCAGAGCAGUGCUCCACACACAGGGCAGGGGGCCCACAGUAGCUCAAAUGGUCAGAUGGUGUAACCUGGCCAUUAAUAACAGCGACGAUGAGUUCCUCACACUGGAAAGAGACCCCUGUGUGGCAGUAAUGCAUGCAGCCCUGAUGGUCUUUCAGGGCAGACAGGUGGGUAUAGUUCUGGGCUCUCCCUCCUAUAGGCCACAGGACUGGUCUUCAUUCUACCAGAUGCUUGGAAUUAACGUGCAAACAAGCACUACUGUCCCAUUAACCCAGCACUGUGAGUCUGAUAUUGUCUGUGGCAGCCUUGAGAGUUUUAUACAUGACUUCCUCCAACAUGGAUCUGGUCCAAGAGGGAGAGGCUUGGCACCACUGCCUGACUGCCUCAUUCUUGGACAACCUCUGUCAAACAGAGACUUAUGUUUCCCCAGGCUGUCCCAAAGCUCAGAGCUUGCACAUAAUCUGACUGAUCUCCUGCACUCUCUAAUGCCAACCUCAAAAAACAAUGCAGAUCAGUGCUUCAAGUUAAUGCACACAUUCCUCCACACACUCUCAACCCUCACCAAAGACAUCCAGCUACCAUUUGGAGAGGACCUGGCGUCAAUUUUCCAGCAAUUCUCAAAGCAGGCCAUUUGUCCGUAUCAGCAGUACAUGUUGAGGUUCCUGGAAACUUUCCUCAGGUCUACUUGUGACACUCAGACAAAGGAACAGUGCUAUGAGCUGGUGACUGCCACAGCAGUACAGAACUGCAGUGAGGAACUCUGCAUAGAAUCUCUAUCCAAACUAUCAGACCUGGUAAGGAGUGGACGAUGGGCUCCGGCAGAUGCUUUGGACCUAUUCAUUUUCUUGGUGAAAAAGUUCAGAAAAGGGGAAAACCUUUUCACCUCGGUCCUGACAGUGCUUCAUUCCCUGGAAAUCCACUGUGUCUGUCCCAGCUUCAGGGACAGAGAUGGAUGCUCACUGACUCAGCUGCUAGACUCUGAAGCCUCCACCACUCACCUAAUUUCUCGGCUCAGAGACUCCUUGAGCACAGAGGGUGAGAAGAGCCUGGAAGACAUUCUCCAAGAAAUGUGUGAAUCAAAUAGAAGCAUCACAGAGACCACACUCCAAGAGGUGAGGGGCAUUGUAGCGUCUUGGCAGACUUGCAAGAUUAGGACUGUCCCAAAAUUUUCCAAAGGCUCCCUGAAAAACUGUACUUUGAAGAGAGAGGAGCUGGCUGCAGUCCUGUUUGCUCUCUGCAAAGCUGUGUAUGAGACACAGGGCUGGUGGCCCAGAACAACUCAGAUAGUCAGCUGGUGUCUGCUGGCUCUCUCUGUCUCAGGGAGGCUGCUGCAGCUUGGAACAGGUGAGGGGAAGUCCUGUGUCGUAGCCAUGUUCACAGCCUUCAGGGCUCUGCGAGGGGAGAGAGUGGAUGUGCUCUCCAGCUCUCCCAUUUUGUCCAAGAGAGAUGCUGAUGAUUGGCGUCCAUUCUACAGCCUAUUUGAUGUCUCUGUCGACUGCAACACGGAUAAAGACAAAGACGAGGAUCGUAGGAGGUGCUACAGUUGUGAUGUAGUCUAUGGCACGGCCGAGAACUUUGCCGCAGACUGCUUGCGCCAGAGCUUUGAGAUGAAGGAGGUGAGGCCUGACCGUGGAUUUCAGUGCGUCAUUGUGGAUGAGGUGGACUCUCUCCUGUUAGACAAGGGAGUACAGAUGACCUAUCUCUCUACUGAUGUUGCUCCUAUGCAGCACCUAAAUAUUGUCCUGGCCAUGAUCUGGGGUAUCGUCAGCCAGUACGGUCUGGUGCCAACAGGCACGGGAACCAUGAUCCGAGGCCCCGUCCUGCCUUUUCACAAAGCCCUGUUUGACUCUGUGGAGACUGAAGAUGGUGUGGAGCCGCUCACAGUCUUACAGCUGGCAGAGAACAGUGGGUUGAUACCCAAUGGCUUCUGCAAGGACUGUGACUCUACAGAGAAACUAACAGAGAAAUUAAAGACAGUGUCCCAGGACACAAUGCUGCAGUUUUUCCGCUUGGCUGAGGAUGAGUUCCCUUAUAAGUUCAUCACUUACACUCAAGACCAGCGAGGAACCCUGCUGCGUCACUCAGACAAUGACAGCGAAAGUGAGGGAGAAAAAAAUGAUCACAAGGUAUUUUUCUUGGUUUUGGAAGAAGGCCUAUGCUGUGCUCUGUAUGAGGAUGAGGAGACCCUCUGUGACGCCAUUGUGGAGGGUGUGAAAGAUCGGCUGCAGUUUAGCGCAUGUAAACCAGACAAGAAUGAUAAAUGUCAGUGUGGAGCAGAUAAACACAAAACCCGAGUCCCUGGGUUCCUAAAAGUGCUGGUGGAAAAGAAUCUAAGGGUUUGGGUUCAAAAUGCCUUCCUGGCCGUCAAGGUGCAGGAGGGUCAGGAGUACAUAGUAGAUGGGGAACAAAUUCUCCCGGUGGAUUAUAGCUGCACCGGUAUCGUUGAGCGCAACAAGAAGUGGGGAAACGGCCUGCAGCAGUUCCUGGAGAUGAAACACCAAACCAAGCUGAGCUGCAUGUCCAUCAUUACCAACUACCUCUCCAACGUGGCCUUCUUCAGGCAGUACGGGGGCCAGGUGUACGGCACCACUGGGACUUUGGGGACACAGUCAGAGAUCGAUCUGCUGCAGGAGCUCUACCCAGGCCUCUCCACCUGUGAGAUUCCAUCCUUCAACCGGAAAAAGCUGUCUGAGGUCAAGGGGGUGCUGGAGAGCAAUGUGGAUAAGUGGAGGGAGAGGAUUUGCUCCUCUGUCUUGGAGCAGACUCGCCCAACCUGCUACAGAGAUGGAAGGGCAGCACUGGUCAUCUGUGAGUCUAUCAACCAAGCAAUGGACAUCCACAAGGCUCUCAAAGAGCAGGUGAGUGGGAAGCAGCUUAGACUCUAUACCAACAGCAACCAGGACAACUCCAGCAUCACAAGCCAGCUUCUCAGACCUGGGGAUGUGAUCGUGGCCACUAACUUGGCAGGUCGUGGAACAGACCUGCUGGUCUCCAAAGAGGUGAAUGGGGCCGGGGGGCUGUUUGUAGUCGUCACCUUCCUGCCUGAAAAUGCCAGAGUGGAGAUGCAGGCUUUCGGGCGCACGGCGAGGAAAGGGAGCCCUGGCUCGGCGCAGCUCAUCAUCUGCUCCGCACAUCUGCAGGAGCCCCUGAGAAAUGCGUCCACACUCCAGGAUGCCAGAGCAGCUCGAGACUCACUGGCCAUGGAUCAGGUAUCCCGUGUCCUGCAGGAUGAUAUCCCUGAGAUCUCCCUCAGAGAGGAGCUCUUUUCCCAAUAUUGCCAGAUUCUCAAAGGGAUCUACCAGCCCUUUUCCAAUUCAUCGUUAGGCAACUUAGACAUCUACAACAGCAAGCGCAGGGUGACAUUGGCAGUGCUGAACGAGUACUGGGGGAUUUGGCUGCUGAGAAAAUCAGAUGAGAUUGAAAAGUUGGAAAAAUCUCAGCUGAUGAAGAGCCUGGAGACUGAUAUAAAACGCGCCCAUCAGCAGUCCCAAGAAAACCUCUCUCCCUGUUCUAGCAUCUACCAUUUCAUCAAGUUUGGAAACAAAUUACUCGGUGAAAAUAAACUGAAGGAGAGCGCAGAGCUGUACAGUAGUGCCAUAGAGCUGGAUAGAUGCUGGGCUGCUAUUGCGCUCUAUAAACGUGCUUACUGCACUCUGAGGCAAAAACAAAAAGACUGUAUGGAAAAUGCAUCAAAAGACUUGGAGAAGGCCUUGGUUUCUGUGGAACUGUUUUUAGAACAGUGCACAAUAACCCAGCAACUGGUGAGCCUGUCUGAUAGAGACUCUGGGAAGACCAAGAGUGCCUUCCAGAAACAGAUGCAGGUCAGGAUACAAGUGCUCACAUACUUCCACAAUAACAUCAGCAGAGCAAUGGAGAAGCUUGAGUUGAUCAAACAGGAUAAAGGAGAAGCCCUUGUUGAUGAAAGCUCUGUCUUCAAUCUGGUCGAGGAUCCCAAUGACGACGUUCACCAAGAGCUGUAUGAGUUUUACAAGCUGGGUAUGGAGAUGGUGUUUUCAGUGAAGCAGAAGCCCAGAUUCUGCUGGAAAGGCCUAGCUGUAUUCUUCCUGGGGGUGGCUCAGAUUGUGGGGGGGGUCCUCCUCACUGCAUUCACUGGUGGGGUGCUGCUACAAGUGGGGUACCACCUCAUCAGUGAAGGGAUUUCAGACUGCAUCACUGGUGUGAAAGCCAUGAUCACAGGAACUUUCAGCUGGGCCUCCUGGGCUAUCAGCAAAGCUGUGUCCCUGGCUGUCUCACUCAUUGGCUUUGGAGUGGGAAAACUGAUCUCCAAGGGCUGGAGAGCCAGCAAAAAUGCCAUUAGUGGCUUUGGAAAUAAGCUCACUUCUCUUCAGAAACUAAUCUCUAACCAGGCCAAGGGUGGACUGCAGGCAGUCAUGAGAGAAAAUGUGAAAAACACUUUGAAAUAUGUGGGAAAGGAGGUUGUCCAGCAAACUGUAAUGUAUGGAGUGGGAAAAGUAGAGGAGAAAAUUAUUGAUAAAAUCACUAAUGAAAUUAAAGAAGUUGUCAAAAACACAGUCUUGGACAAGUGUAAACAUAAUAUUGGCUGCCAACCAAUGGGACCCUUGGUCAACAGGAUGGUGCUUGUGCACAUUGAAGAGCAAGGAUACCUCAGUGACCUUCUAGAUGAACGAGAGAACAGAACACAGUUAAAAGGGAUUUUUACAGAUAUCUGUGAAAUGGUUCUGAGGUCUCACUGUGCAGGCCUGGGCUGGCAAAAUCGUCUGCAUUCAUCCCUUCAGAGUGUCAUUAAAAGAGUUGCACAGGAGAAUAAUGGAAAGAUGAGAGCAGUUUGUAAAGCAAUUCAGGCAGCUCACAUGGUAGGUCUCUGUGGCGAUGCAAUUUAUUCAGCCAAAGAAGUUGCCAAUGAAUUCAACAGUGCAUUCUUGGAGGAGCUGCAGAAAAGAGUGAAAGAGCUUUAUGGAAAGAGAGGAACAGAUGAAAGUAAAAUAGAAGAGAAAAGAAAAAAUAUUUGUGGCAAUGACAUGGUGAAAUUAAAUGCAUUUAAAACAGAGGUGGCCGAAGUGAUGGCUUCUUGUCUGGCUGAAACAGUAUUCCAGGUUUUUCACCAGAAAUUCUCCAGCCACUUGGUUGGGCUCGCUCAAGAACAAAUAAAUGGCUACAUUGGUGGGUUCAUUUCCAAACGUCUGAUGACUGAUAGGACAAAAGAGAAGCUGGUAGUAGGCCUGAACAGCAGCUACGUAGCCAAUGCCCCACUAAGAAGGAAAUCCAAUAAACUUUCAAAAGUGGAAGAUCAACUUUGGGCAGAAUCAUACGCAGAGGAAAUGAGGCCGCGAAGCACAUUCCCUCAUGAUAACAAUCCAGCCACCAUCCUGGAGGCCAAGUUACUAGCUGAAGAAAGCGGGAAGACUGUUGUUAUUUACAUCACAAACAGGCAAGGACAGAAAAUGAAAAUGUCUGUGGUUCAUCCCAGCCAGAGCUCCAAUCAGGGCAGUGUGAACCUACUGUACCAUCCCAUUAGUGAGCGUUAUCCCCAGGGUCACUACGACGCUCUGCACAAUGACCAGGUUGUGCCGGUCUCUGGCGAGGGGAACAAUUGCAUGUUCCAGGCGUUCGCUCGUGGCUUGGACCCUGAUGCCUCUGAUGAACAGAUCCACUCCAGGGCCUCCCAGCUGAGGCAGCAAGGGGCAGAUAUGGUCCUGAAGGAGCCGAACAAGUGGGUGCCGCUUAUCAAGUGCAGACAGAGGGCACUGGAGAUACGGGGAGGCAGCUGGUUCAUGGCAAAAGGGGGGAUGAAUAACCCAGAAUAUUGGGGACGGGCUGAUAGCUACAAUAACAACCGGAAACUACUGAAAGGUGUCAGUGUUAGUAAAAAUAUCCAUGCUGACCACCAGCCAGCAGUUGACAGUAUCUUACUUGCUUACAAAAUGGAUCCUGAAAGCAACCUGGCAAAGUCACUGAUAGAGAUAGGAACCAAUAAACCGUUCACCAGUGACUCCCUAAAGAAUCUGAAAGACCAGCAUGGACAGCACCUUAUAACUGUCACACUGCCUGAUCAAUUACACAGGAGUUGCCUCACCAAUUUAAAAGAAUUUAGAACUCUACAAGCUCAAUACAUUAGCAGUAAUGAUGUGGAGGGCUUUUUAAAGAUGUCUGUCCUGGCCGCCUCACCAGACCUAAUGUGUCUCCGGAAUAACACUCUGGUGAAUACACAGGCGAUGAAGAAUUACAAAGCUAUGUACCAAGACAGCAGUAAGAAGCUAAUUGACCAAUGGGCAGUUAAACUUGAAGGCAGAGGUUUCCAAGUACAGCAGGAGGUACAAAACGUGAAAAGCUGGCUUGGUGGGACAAUAGAAAAGAACGAUGCUCAUUACAAAGCAGCUUUGAAUACUAUAAAGCCGAAGAAUCAGAAUUCUGCUAGAAACAAUAACCAGACCAAGACAAAUAAAUCUACUUCAAAUUGCUAGAACCAGAAACCAACAUUGAAGUAAAGGAAGAGAUUCAUGCAAUCCAUCAUUAUGUGGACUUCUAUAUGGACUCUUUCCUGUUCCAAAAAGUCUUUGCACUGUGCCCAACACCCGUUUCCUAGUCCUAGUUAUCUUUAUUCCUCUGAAAAAUAUUGCCACCUCCAGGCCAGUGUUGAGAACUACAGUCAUAAAUGACUUAUUCGUAAAAUGCUUUUGAUGAAGACGAACUGGAAAAAGAACUAUCAACACUCAGUCUGCGUUUGAAUCCUGAAUAGCUACAUCUCCAGCUUCGGCCAUUCCCCUUUUUGCUUCUAAUGUUAUUUGCUUUUCAGAUAUACAGUGCCACUUCAGUAACGUUUCAAUAGCGCCAACUAAGAUCAGAUUAGAUUCACCUUGGACAAUGAACAGUACAAGUACAGUACAACGAAAUGCGCUGCUGUGCCUUUUUGACCCGGGUUGAGGUUUUGAGGGUCAAGGAGAGGUCCUCGGAGAUGUGGUCACCCUGGAAUUUUAAGCUGGCCACACGCUCCAGCUCAGUGCCAUCGAUGAGAUCUGUGGCAUGACUGCCUUUAAACUUCCUGUUAUCCACAAUGUGCUCCCUGGUUGUCUUUGGUUAAUGGCCAGAUUAUUGUCAGCGCAUCAUGCCGCCAGGCAUUUGACCUCCUCCCUGUGACCUCAUCCCUUUUGAACCCAUAGCGGCUGUCUAUUGCAACGACGCAAAUGGCCUGGUGUCUUCAACAAUAGUUUUUGUGCAAAUAUCAAAGUAUAUUUAAAAAUUUAAAGUUUUAUAAAUAUUUGUCUAGCGCUAAAGCCCCCACAACCUUUCACUUUUUGUUGUUGUUUGGUGAUAAAGAAUUAGAAACAUCGUUGCUUUAUUAGUGUUAAUGAUGUCAGGGUGACUAACAUAAAUAGUCACAGCGAGUAAAUGUUUGGGGAUGUUUGAUGCAGUGACAUUUUUGUAAUAUCUUUACGAUGACAACUCUGUUGUGUUUACGUGAUGGGCGAGCACAUCAACUGUGGAGCUCAAAUGAUUGCUUGUAAUGGGAAGAGUUGCAGUGUUUAGGCUUUUUUAUUCGGCUAGCAAGUUUUCAUGUGUUUCCUCUGAUUUAAAUGUUUCUAUUAUUUUAUAUAUAGAAAUUGCCCCAGCUGUAAAUUGUUGCCUCCAAUUGGGGAACCUAUUUAUGUUCUAUGUUUGUCCACACCUGGUGUGGAUCAUUGUGUUUGUGCUACUUGUGCAACGUGAUCGGUUGCUGCCUUGCUUUUGGUUUUCUCAUUAAACCAUGGAUUACCACGA